CGCUGAUAGUCGCUGGUGCGAGCAGCGGAAGACGAGCGCCGACAUUCGCCGGGCGACGGUUGGCUCGCGCAGUCGUCAGUACGCGCGGUCGGGCGCCGCUAAAACUUUUCAACAUUCGUAGGCUACAAUCCGGAUCACCAUGAGGACCGGAGGGACCUUUGCCCUCCUGCUCCUCCUACUAUCCAUCCUACAGAUAUCGAGAACAGAAGACCUGUAUCUUGAAGGGGAAGAAGACGCUUCAAAUGAAUUCUUGGAAGUUAAGGACACCGAUAGCGGACUAGGCGGCCAUCUGCGACGAUUGAAGCGUCAGUGGUUCAACUUUUUUGAUCCUUUUUCUUCGAGUUCAACAACUACCGAAAGUCCUGAUAUAGAAGAGACCGCUACGGAAGAUCCAGAUGAAAAUGAUCUUAAAGACGAUCUUGAAGAUCAUUUCGGCUCCGGCUUUCCAGACAAGAUUGAACCGGAUCACAAGGAAAAAACUCUCAGAGUGACGUUUGUGGUCAUGGAGCCCUACCAACACGAGUACUCCAACCGGGACUCACCUCAAUUCCGAAACUUUUCCCGAACAAUUGCUGAUGCUGUCGACCAGUUGUAUGAGCCUCUUGGUACCAGGAGAACCAGUUUAGUACGAAUCCAGUCCCGAGUCAGCGACGAAUUCUCCUGCAAGGUUACUUUAGACAUCUUGACGACUGGCUACGAAGAUAUCAACAGGUUGAGUGACAUCCUGAGGGAACAUAUCAAGAACCGCCGGGAGCUUGCCAGUGGAACUAGACGCGUCACUGUUAGCGAUGCCGAUUUCUCCGCUAAUAUCAUUGAUCCAGAUACCCCACUUGGGCCUUGUGCUGAUGAUGAGGUGGCGUGCGACCUGGACCGGUGUUUCCCAGCCAGCAGCCGCUGUAACGGGAUCAGAGAAUGUCUGGACGGCACCGACGAACUUAACUGCUAUUCAGAGCCUAAUUCGGAAAGCACAACGCCCCCGACGACUGAAUCCGAAUACUACAAUCCUCAAUGUUCAAACCCUAUUCCUUGCAAAAAUUCUGUAACCUCUUAUUGCCCGGAGCAGACAUGUGAUGGCUACAAUGACUGCCCAGAAUUUGAUGAUGAGCUCAACUGCGGUUUUGGAUCACAUUUACCAGACUCAGAAGCAGGACCAGUAAAGCCUUCAGCUCCAUCCACCGAACCCCCUCUGCCUUGCGAUUUCCCUAUUCAAUGUCAGGAUUCAGACAUCAAGUAUUGUCCAAACCAAAGAUGUAAUGGCAACUUCGAUUGUCCCUACCAAGAUGAUGAAGAUAACUGUUUAGAGGAUGUUGAUCAGGAUCAAUCUUUAGACUCUACUUCGGACAUUCCACCGUUCUCUGGGCCGUUAAAACCACAAUGCCCCAACCCUAUACCCUGCCAAGACUCCACAGUCACCUAUUGUCCAGAACAACGGUGCAAUAGCUAUUAUGACUGUCCAAAUCAAGACGACGAAUUUGGUUGCAACAGUCCUGAUUCUUAUCCUUUCCCAACACCAGCCACAUUUGAACCUCAGCCGCCACCGACUACUGUAGCACCCUCUCUGCCUUGUGAUUUUCCCAUACAAUGCCAAGACUCCGAAGUUAAAUAUUGUCCUAAUCAACGCUGCGAUGGUGUUCCUGACUGUCCUAAUCAAGACGACGAAUCAAGUUGUACAGAAACGGAUCAAACAAUAAGAUGUCCUCCCGGAGAGUUCCAGUGUGACAAAACUCGUUGUCUCAUGGAGUCCCAGCGUUGCGAUGGAGUAUCUGAUUGCUACGACCAGACAGAUGAAGCCAACUGCAAAUCACCUGGCACUGAUGACUUCCGCUGUGAUGACGGACGAAGCAUCGAAGCAGCUCGAAAAUGUGACGGCGUCAGCGACUGCUCUAAUGGCGAAGACGAAGCUAAUUGUGAUUGUUUGAGCAACGAAUUCCAAUGCGAAAGCGACAGAACUUGCAUCGAGCGUAGAAAGAAAUGUGACGGGUUCCAGGAUUGUAAUGACGGAUCUGAUGAACAAGGAUGCGAGGAACAAGACCAUGAGGGGCAGUUUUUGUGCGAGAAUAAAAUACAAUAUAUACCCGAAAGUCAAAGAUGCGAUAAAUUUUACGAUUGCGACGACUUCUCUGAUGAAAAAAAUUGUCCAUGUGGUGACAACGACUUCAAAUGUAACAACGGUUUUUGCAUCCAUGCACGAAAAAGAUGUGAUGGUACACAUGACUGUCAGGAUGGCUCGGAUGAACACAAUUGCGAGAAUGGGUCAAAUAGUGUGGCAUGCAUGCCAAAUAAAUUUCAAUGCGCAAAUGGAGAAUGUGUUGCGGCGGAUGCAAAAUGCAAUGGAAUAUCAGAAUGCUCAGACGAUUCAGAUGAAUCAGAUUGUAAUUGCAAAAGAGACGAAUUUCACUGUCAGAAUAUUGAUAUGUGCAUCAGCUUUGAUAAAAGAUGUAACGGUGAAAUAGAUUGUGAUGAUGGUGAAGACGAAUUUAAUUGCGUGGCUUCAUGCCCAGAUGGCCAUAUAUCCUGCGCGUUCGACAUCACCAAUGUCCAAAUAUGUGCCAAGCAGUGUGAUGGUAAAACUGACUGUUUGAAUGGGGAAGAUGAAAGGAAUUGUCCUGAUGAAGACUGCCACUUCUGCGACAACAAAUGCUUGGAAAGUUGGAGGAUUUGCGACGGCAUCCCCGAUUGUUCAGAUGAUAGCGAUGAAGAGGACUGCGCACUUUGCAAUGGACCAGAGGAUUUUAGAUGCGACAAUGGUGAAUGUAUUAAUAGGAACCUUAAAUGCAACAAUAUACCCGAAUGUAGCGAUAGCAGUGACGAAUUUAAUUGCAAGAACAUAACGUCUCCCGAUUCUGGAGGCGACUGUUACGAUCAGUUCACAUGUAGAGACGGGGCUUGUAUCAACAAAGACUUUUUCUGCGACGGCCACCAAGAUUGCAGAGAUAAUUCUGAUGAGGAGAAUUGUCCUUGCAAGGAGAACGAUUUUCAAUGCAGAUCAGGACAAUGUUUACCUGACAUCGUAUUAUGCGAUGGCUACCCGCACUGCGACGAUGGUUCUGAUGAAUACAAUUGUGCAUCUCGUGUGGAUACCACUGUACCUCCAUUUAUCACGACGCAACGUCCAAUUAAUGAAGACGUAACAAAAUCACCCUUCGGUUAUCCGAACACAUAUGAUUACAAAGAAUCAUCGGGAUGCGGUAGAUCGCAGUGGCGUUGCGACAACGGGAAAUGUAUCGACGGCCAUCGCCGCUGUGACGGCAACUUAGACUGUUCCAAUAUGGACACCAGUGACGAAUUUAAUUGUCCGCCCGGCAGUCCAGAGGCACUGAACCUAAAAACGUAUCCCGAUCAACAGACUGUCACAUACUCCAAUAAUUACCACGUCGGAGACGUAGUUUUCGAUUGCCGAGACGAGGGUCCUAGACGAGCUAAAGUUACGUGGAUAAGAGGAGAUGGAAAACGUAUGAAAUCAGAUUUUGAAGUCAAAGAUGGGCGACUUAUUUUGAACAAUGUAACGACGGCCGAUAGCGGGACUUACAUUUGCCAAGCAAAAGACUAUGUCCGUUCGCCUGGUGCUCAGAAAACUGCCUAUCUGAACGUGGAGAAACUAGCUACCAGUACAAGAAAUAGAAUACCUAAUUGCGGACCACACGAAGCCACCUGUUCUAACCUGAAGUGUAUACCGAAGUCUGCCAUCUGUGACGGAAAGCAGGACUGCGGUGACGGGUCAGACGAGCAUAGCUGUGGAUCACCACAGUCAGGAUCUUGCCAGCCUAACCAAUUCCGUUGCGCCAACAACCGUUGCAUUCUCAAAACGUGGGUCUGCGAUAGCGAGAAUGACUGCGAUGACUUCUCGGACGAGGACCCGUUGCAGUGUGGCGCCCAGAACGCCACCCUGGGCUGUAGCGCCGUGGAGUUCCCCUGCCAAUCGGGCGGCUUUUGCAUCCCUAGGAGCUACCACUGCGAUGGCUUGGCCGACUGCAAAGACGGAUCCGAUGAAAAUUGCGCUCCCAUCGCCAUAGUUCAACCGCCUCGGCCCCCCACCGUUCGCAUCUUCGUGGGAGACGUGCUGACACUAACGUGUAAGGCUGUGGGGAUCCCAAUUCCCCUGAUCUCCUGGCGUUUGAACUGGGGUCACGUCCCGCCGCAAUGUACUUCUACCAGCGAAAACGGCUUCGGACAACUCACUUGUCCCAAUAUGCGGGUUGAACAUAGUGGUGCCUAUUCUUGUGAAGCAUUAAACAACAAAGGAGCCUCAUUCGCAGUACCAGACUCUAUCGUAAUCGUUGAAAACCCAGAUACUCAAGUGUGUCCAAGCGGACAAUUCAACAGCGAGGCCCACGAUUCUUCAGAGUGCAUCUCUUGCUUCUGUUUCGGAAAGUCUACUCAAUGUAAGAGUGCGGACUUAUUUGUAUACGACAUGGCCCAACCACUGGGCCAGGGUGGCACCAGGCUGGUGGGAGUCAAGCUCGAAGCCGAAGGUCCACAAAUUGACACACAGUCCAUCACAAAUGAGUAUUACUAUCAGCCCCGAAGAAACGGAGCCUCGGUCACGAAACUAUCGUACGGCUCUCGGGGCCGAUCUUUGGCUUAUCCCUACCUUACUCUACCAGCUUCAUACACGGGUAACCAACUGACCUCAUACGGAGGGGACAUUAAGUACUCACUGUCGUCCCAGUCCACAUAUCCCUCAGCAAGAUACGACAACAACAUGCCUGAUGUCAUCAUUAUGGGCAAAUAUGAAACAUUGGUGUACACCCAAUUUGGCGACAAGUCUACGAUUCAGGCAAAGUUGGUGCCUGGCAGCUGGCAGAAGUAUGCGCAGGGUAGACUCACUCAGGCUUCUAGGGAAGACAUUAUGAUGGCUCUGGACAACGUUGAGAACAUUCUUCUCCGCGCGGAACUAAAUGGUGCUGGUGUAGACAUCACUGACUUCUUGAUGCAAUCUGCUCACCACAUCGACGCCGGCCUCGGCCCAGCGAAUCUGGUUGAAGAAUGUACUUGUCCUGAUGGAUACACCGGAUUGUCUUGCCAGAACUGCGCAUCAGGAUACGAGCGAGACAGCUCUGGCCCUUGGCUGGGUCACUGCCGUCCCCAAAGGAAGCAGUGUCCACCUGGUACUUUCGGAGACCCGAACGCUGGCUACGCGUGCAGCCCAUGCCCUUGUCCUCUGACGUCAUCUCCGAACCAGUUCGCCUCCACUUGCUAUCUUGGACCUAGCGGAGUAGUCUGUGAUUGCCAACCAGGUUAUGAAGGAAACAAUUGCGAACGUUGCGCAGAAGGGUACGAAGGUAAUCCAUUGCUGCCAGGAGACUCGUGCCGCCCUGUAAGGAAGUCACCCUGUGACCCCACCGGCACCAGCCAAGUGUUGUUGCUAGACCGAUGUGAUUGUAAGGACAACGUGCAAGGACAGUACUGCGACCAGUGCAAACCUGGUUUCUACUAUUUGUCACCAGACUUUACCCAUGGCUGUGCCGCCUGCUUCUGCUCGGGAGUCACCCAGAAAUGCGCCAGCAGCAACCUGAGAAGGAAGACUACGCACGCGGUUUUCAAUACUGAGUCCAGCAUCCGUCAGCUCGGCGUGUACAGCAGCACCAGUUCCCGGUCAGGGUACAACGCGCCGGCCCCGGCCAGUGUUCAGCCCGUGCUGGACAGCGGGGCAGCUCGGGCGGACAUCGACAGCAGAUCUGAUGACGCAUAUUAUUGGAGCUUACCUGCUAGUUUUGCCGGUGACAAAGUGACAUCGUACGGUGGCAACCUGUACUACACUCUUGUGAACAUUCCAUACGGAUACAACUCCGGCAAUAAUGCAGCCGACGUCCAGCUUAUCAGCGACAAUAGUUUGACCUUCCACCACGUGAUAAAUGCAAGGCCGAGCAACUCUGGUAUCCUGAAUGUGACAGUGCCGAUCUUCGAGAAGAACUGGAUGAGAGUUGAUGGCAAAGAAGUGCCUCGCGAGCAGUUCCUACUAGCUCUGGCUGACGUCAAAACGAUCUUGAUAAAGGCGCGUUACGACCGUGGUAACCAACUGGCGUCCUUGAGCAGGGCCAGUAUUGAGACGGCAGAACCAGGCGGCAGUGGCCCUGUGGCGUUACACGUAGAACAGUGCGUGUGCCCGAAAGAGUACAUUGGCACGUCUUGUGAAGACUGCGCGCCUGGUUAUAAGAGAUAUCCCCAAGGACUGUAUCUGGAAAACUGCGGGCCAUGUGAAUGUAAUGGACACUCUAAGAUGUGCGACCCCGACACUGGCGUUUGUAUGAAUUGUGGAGAUAACACCGCUGGGGACUACUGCGAGGAAUGCUUACCUGGCUACGUGAGGGACACAUAUGGCAAUUGCGUCUCCCUCAAUCCUUACCAAUGCACAUGUGACCCUCGUGGCGUGACUAUCCCCUGCGAGGACCUUGGCUAUUGCCAAUGCAAACAAAACGUCGAAGGAUACUCUUGCGAUCGCUGCCGAGCUGGCACCUUCGGCCUGAGUCUGGAUAACCCAGAUGGCUGUUUGACUUGUUACUGCUCAGGAGUUACUACUGAAUGCCACGAGACAUCAAACUACAAGAGGAUUCCCAUGGCCGCGCCGAUAUUCGGCGACAACUAUGGCGGUUACUCCAUCACCAACUUGAAUGGAAACAAUGUGCUUGCAAGCAGUUUUGUGCCCAUGCCUGACGCCAGCGAACUCAUGUAUACGUUCCCCUUCCCACCUAAUGAAGAACUCUUCUGGUCACUCCCGGUUUUCCCUGGCAAUCGAGUGCUCUCAUACGGUGGCUUCCUUGAGUUCGAGCAGAGGUAUGAAGACCACUCCCCUGGCGCAGUGUCCGACACCCAUCGACACGUAAUUCUGAUCGGAGACGACACUUCAGUCUACUGGGACAGCCCAUCGCCUAUACAUUCUGGACAGAAACUGCAAGUGCCUCUCCGAGAAGGUGAAUGGCUGCUUCUGAACUCAGCGACUCCCGCCAGCCGGAAUGACAUGAUGAAUGUGCUGAAAUCCCUGCGCAGAGUCCUAGUUAAAGCCACUCUAACUCAGGACCUGCUUUCCACAUCUAUCGCAGACGUUUCAAUGGACACGGCCACCACGAUCUCUGGGUCUGAAUAUCCUUCUGUAAAGGGUAUUGAGGUGUGCAUGUGCCCGCCUGGGUACAGUGGCACAAGUUGCGAGACUUGCAUCAGCGGCUACUACAAAGACGAGCGAGGUCUUUGUCAGGAGUGCAGCUGCAACGGACACGAGUGCGAACUAUCCAUGGACAACCAAGUAGUCUGCCUAUGUAGACCACCGUACACUGGCACUACUUGCUCUACGUUUGGACUUUCAAUGGAACUUCAACCGACACUCGAAGAAGACCCAGACGAUGGCCCGCUAUUCAGAAAAAUAACUUUGACUUGUAAAUAUGCCGCUCACGAACCUCUCACCAUCAGAUUUUAUUCUGAGGGUAACGAAGUUGGUUUCCCGAAAUGGUAUAACGAGUCAGUAUUCGACAAGGAUGGCUGGAGAGGCGAGCAUGUGUGGCAUACAGUGUGGGACACUCGAACUGAUACGGUAUACGAAUGCCAUACUAUCACCAAGAAAGGCGCUACCAUGGGCGUUCUAACGACUUCCAUGCCAGAUUCAGGAGACUCAGCAAAUCAAGAAAAGAAUGCAACUUUACCGCCUCCUCCCAUUCCAACAAUAGUGGUAACAAUUAAUCAGCCAAUUGUGAUUAAAGAGAUCGGUGGUUCUGUCACCUUUAAUUGCCAUGCACGUAGCCGUAUGGUGAAUGGCAACCUUCCAGUGAGGUGGUCUAAGGCCGGUGGAUACCUCCCUCGAAACAGGGCAAUUGUAGACGAAAAUUCUGGUACUCUCAUUAUUAUGCAGCUGCAGAAGACUGACACUGGGAAAUACAUCUGUCAGACAACCGAUGGACAAUCAACAAAUCAAGCUGUUGCUACUCUCACUGUUGGCGAUAAUCUCAGAAGAGCACCAGAAGUGUCUAUCGAACCAGCAGUAAAUGAGUACAACGAAGGUGAUAGGAUCGAGCUAGUUUGUCGUGCCUCUGGUAACCCUGAGCCCACGAUAUCUUGGCGUCGGGCCGACGCACGCAAACCUCUGCCGAAUUCUGCAACCAUCUACGGCGGAGCCCUGAUCAUUGAAGAAGCUGUAGAAGAUGAUUCUGGCGACUAUAGAUGCAUAGCAAGCAACUCUGAAGGCUCUUCAGACAGGAUUGCUCUUAUUGUGGUGCGGCCUCGACCUCAUACCCCACAACAGCGAGACAGACUCACAGUAUCCAAUACCACGCCGAUGGUGAACGAAGGCAACAGUACUAGUGUCACUUGCACUGGUACCCCUGGAAUACCGGCCGGUACUAUACAGUGGGUUAGGCAAGACCGCACAGAUCUCCAAUACAACGUGCGUUCAGAGAAUGGUGUCCUAUACAUUGAGAACGCUCAGCCCGACAACCAGGGUGUUUACGUCUGUCAAACACUAUACAGCCGAGUGAAUCCUGUCGUCAUUACCCUUCACGUCAUUCCAAUAGUCAGUCCUCCGGAAGACGAGCCGAACAUCACGUUGUCUGUAAGCAGCCUAAGAAUACCGACUGGUGGAAGCGGCUCCGUCGAUUGUAUACCAUCUGGUUACCCGCUGCCCGUUGUUAAGUGGACUAGGAACGGUGGUCAAUUUGGACCUGGAACCAGCCAACGUGGAAAUACUCUCAUGAUCACGAAUGCUCAGAAUGAUGACCAGGACUAUUACCAAUGCGAGGCUAUUCUCAACGGGGAGCCAAGAUCCAAUAUCUAUAUUUAUAUAGAAAUUGAAAAACGCGAGGUGCCACAAGUCCGCAUCUACCCCGAAGACCCGCAGCCGGUGACGAUCGGCGACUCGUACGAGCUGCACUGCCGGGUCCUGGCCGGCGUGCCCGAGCCCGACGUCACGUGGGAGAGCAGUCGUCCGAUGACACCGAACGCGCAGAUACUACCUAACAACAUCUUGAAAUUCGAAAACAUCGACGUGAAUGACGAGGGCUCGUACACUUGUACUGCGUCAAACAUUGCCGGGAAAGCUAAUGCUACUGCUUUCGUCAAAGUCCAGUCUUACCCGGUCAUAAGCAUGACCCCGAGCAACCAAAUCUUAGCGCAGUUGGGAGACGCCAUCAACUUCCAGUGCCGAGCCAGUGGGGUUCCAUUGCCGUUUGUGUCCAUCAAAUAUGAAAACGGCAACGAAAUAGUACCUCCCACGCCCGGCUCCGCCUGGCUCAGGAUCCAAUCUGCCUCAGAACGUGACGCUGGAGCAUACCGCUGUGUGGCCUCCUCUUCAGCCGGCACGUUGGACGAGCCGUUCAUAAUUGAUUUGAACCGAGGUGAUCUGGGCUUCGAGCCCACUGGUACUGAAAAUCCUGAAUACGACCCUGGCUUCAACCCGGACUACGAUCCUUACAACCCUGGUACUAACACUGAUACGCAACUGACACCUUCCAACAGAAUCGUCCUAAUUCAAGGCAAAGAAAAUGUUCUUAGAUGCGAUGCUGACGGGUACGAUGCCAGAUGGACCCGCGGAGACAGACAGCCGUUACAGAGCGGUGUUCAGCCUUAUAACGAACAACUGAUCUUCUUGGAUACAUUGAAAGCCGACUCCGGUGAAUACGAGUGCAUGCUCUACGACCCACGUACAAGGGAGCCAGUGAACGCAAUCACUUACCGGGUGGAGGUGUUAUCACCACCAAGGAUUACCAUCCAGCCUCCAACGCAGACCGUACAUCCGGGACAGUCUACGAAUGUAGACUGCAUCGUCGAUGGAGAUCUGAUAGAAAAUGUGACGUGGCUGUUGGGUAGACAGUCCAGCCGAAUCGAAGUUCAAAACUCGCGACUGAUUUUCCAUCAAAUUGAAGUCGACGACGCCGGAGACUACGUAUGCACCGCCAGGAAUCCCGUGGCUGAAGCCAAUGGUACAGCAAAGGUCAUCGUCACUGACGACACUCGUGAUCCGAAGAAAUCGAAGAAUAGGGAGCAGAGGGCAAUGGUGAACAGUAAAGUGCACAUGAAUUGUUCAACGAAACAGCGGCACACCAUAAAGGAGUGGACCAAAGACGGAAGACCUUUGCCACCGCGCUACAGAAUACGGGGCGACGGUUCUCUGUUCAUUAAAUCUGCUAAACUAUCUGACAGCGGGCGGUACACAUGCAUUAUAAGGGAUGCGUACGGUCAGCAGACGACUGAACACAUCGAUCUCUACGUGUCGGGAACCCCAAUAACCGCUGCUUUGGUAACAAUCGACCAGCCUCGCAGGCAGUACAGGGUGGGGGAAAACGUGGAGGUCACAUGCGUUAAGGCAUCACGCGACACCACGGCCAACUGGGAGAAAUAUGGCACGAGGGAGUUCGUGGAGACCAGGGAAUACAACGAAGGCGUGGUUUUGGUGAUCAAUGGCGUCGAAGAGUCUGAUGCGGGGGUGUACCGGUGCACCGGCAAGGACCGUUAUGGUUACACCAGCUUCGAGGACUUCGAUCUUGAAGUGCAGCCAAGUCAACAACCGCCCAGCUACCCGAUGAGCAAUCAACAUGUACACGUGGCCCACGCGGGUCAAACCGUGGACAUGCCGUGCAGGCACGACCUGGAACCACCUGUCUACAUCGAAUGGAGAAAGGAGUUCUCUUCACCACUACCGUCUUAUGUGAGGCAGAACGAGCCGAUCCUUACCCUGAGGAACAUCAGCGAAGCUGACGCCGGCACCUACGUGUGCCGAGUGAGCAACCAACGUGUGGCUUUGGAGGCUCGCUCUACUCUUAGAGUGACGGGAUUGGUGCCCAACUUCGACGGAAACAGCUGGCUGGCAAUACCCACCAUUAAGGACGCAUACAGGCAGUUCGACGUGGAAAUCGCUUUCAAACCAUUGACUGCUGACGGCAUAAUCCUCUACAACAACCAACGACCAGAUGGUUCUGGCGACUAUCUCGCUCUUCAAUUGGCGAAUGGCAUUCCCGUGUUUACAAUGGAGACUGGAUCAUCAGUACCUCUGGUUGUGCAAGGAGACCGUCCACUGCAACUCAACGUGUGGCACACGAUCAGGCUGAGCCGAGUCAAUAGCAAAGUUUCAAUGUAUGUGGACGAAAACGGCCCAUUCGUAAGCGAACUGCGAACGCCUUGGGAAGUUUUGGACCUCUCCGACCCAAUGUACGUUGGAGCCGCUCCGGAAUACGUCCAGUUACCUUCCACUCUGAAUACGACAUAUGGCUUCGUCGGCUGCAUCAGCAUGUUGGUCCUUAGCAAGAGAGACGUGAACCUGAUCCCUGAUAGUGUGGACUCGAGGAAUGUCGGAGAAUGUGAUACUUGCACACCGAAUUGGUGCCUGAACGAGGGUGUCUGCCAGGAGGCCCGCAACGAACGCGGUUACAUCUGCCUCUGCGCGCAAGGUUUCGCGGGCAUGAACUGCAACCGCACUGGCGAGGCUUGCAGGCCCGGCAUCUGCGGCCCUGGGAAAUGCACCGACACGGACGACGGAUACACCUGCUCUUGUCCCGUCACUUACACUGGAAAGAACUGCGACGUGAAACAAUACAUCGAAUACCCCGCUUUCACGGGCAGCGCUUACCUCGCCAUCAAAGUUCCCACCACCUCCCGCGUGCUGAAGGUCGCUAUGAACGUUAAGGCCACUGCCCCUGUCUCUGACGGCAUCAUCAUGUAUUGGGCUGAGUCUGCGAAGGGAACUGGAGGCUUCACGGCUCUUACUGUUCGCAAUGGAAGAUUGGAGUUCACGUACGACCUCGGAGAUGGUUAUCCAGUAGUGAUCACCGCAAACAGGACCCUGCAAGCUAACGAAUGGACGGACGUGCGUAUCGCCAGAUUCGGUACCGUCGUAUCGCUGACGGUCAACCAAGUACACACCUACGAAGGCAGGCUGGUCUCUCCUACUAAGGAGUUGACUUUGGACACUCCAAUGUUCGUCGGCGGUGUGGAUGACUCCAUAGUCCUGAACAACAACCUCGGCGUGACGGAAGGUUUCAACGGAUGCAUCAAAGAUCUGUCGGUAUUUAAUGACCCUGUGAACAUUAUCAACUCUUCGAUCCAGUCGGCCAAUAUCAAGGAAUGCAGCACUUAUGAUAGAGGAGAUAUCCCUGAGAUCGAAAGCGUCUGCUCUCAAUGUCGCAAUGGUGGCGCCUGUGAACCUGACUCUUCCGUUUGCUCUUGCCCACCUGGUUUCUCUGGAACUUACUGCGAGAACAGGGCUUCGGAGAACUUCGCCAGGGUCCCCCGCUCGCCCUGCGCUGACUCACCCUGCAGGAACGGCGGAACAUGCAAAGGAGACCAAAAUAGCCGAAUGAAGUACGCCUGCGACUGCCCCCUUGGAUACUCUGGAGCUAACUGCCAGAUGCCUCUCCAACUUCUGCAAAGCGUGGCCUUCAAUGGGAACGGUUACAUCGAAUUGCCUGCGAAUCUGAUCAGUUACGAACAACUGGACGUGGACCCAGCAGUCAUUGCCCUCGCCAUGCACACCAACGCGGAUGGGGUGCUGCUGUACCAGAGAGAAGCAUUGAUGCCCGCCGGCUAUGGAGAUUACGUUCUGAUAAGAGUGGAGAAUGGCGUUGUGGUGAUCGAAUGGGAUAUGGGUGGUGGUUCUUCAUCGCUGUCCAUAAGCGACGUCUAUGUGGCUGACGGCGAACGACACUCUAUAAUCGUGAAGAUCCUCCCCGAAGGUGAAGUGAGCUUGACUGUGGACACUGUGACUAGGAACGCCGCCACUGACUCGUUGCAAAAGACCAUGAACGCUGACUCCAACAUCUAUGUUGGUGGAAUGCCCGAGAGUCUGAACGUGAACCGGUUCCCUGGGUUGACGGGCUGCAUCGAGCAGGUCGAGCUGAUGAACAGCGCCCGCGGGAUCCGCCUCGGAGACGUCGCCGUGGCCGCCAGGAACACGCAAAUUUGUAGAGAAUAUUAAUGGAGUUUAUCGACGUUCAUCAUAAUAUAAAUAACAUAAUAUUAUAAAUAUAAGUCAAUUACACAAAUAUUAUAUACUAUGUCAAUGUAAUUGGUCUUUUCGAAGUUCCACACUAAGAAGUCAAUUGAUUAAUUUUAAUUAUUUUUUUUUAUAAAAUAAUCUAAAUUUUUAAUGUUGUUUGUUGCGCCGAGUCCAUUGAUUUGUUAUAUUUACUUAUUGAAUUUUAUUGGAUAUACUUACCUAGUGUUGUACUUUUAGUAUUAAGGAUUUUCGUCAGGACAAUACGGCUAGCUAGUAUAGGUAAAUGGACAAGGAGCUUUUUGAUAAGAUAAUCGUUUGUAUACUAUGCUGGGCCCCGCGGUGAUUAUAACGUCGUCUCUAUCUUGUGGUAUGUAAGAAGCGUGAUAGCUAUAUAAGUAAGUAGUCUUCGGAAAGUUGGCCAGGUGGCCUUAGCUAAAAACGCUCGCAAGAGUCGGUUGGUGCCAUAAAUUCGAAUAAUUUAAGUAGUUAGGACUCUUUUCUAAUUAACCAUUUUCUUCAAUGCAAUCACAUCAUUUCCUUUAUUCGAACGAAGAUAAUAAUUUUCGAAACCGAUUUCGAGUCAAUUCAAGAAAUGUGCCAAACUUUGCUGACUUUUUUGUUCACUGCCAUUUUUUAUUUCUUAUUUUAUAAGUAACUCUGGCUUUAUAUGUCAACGAAGUAAUCGUACUUAGGUUAUUUAUCCAGUUCUACAAAUGCAUUUAAAUUAUUUAUAUAUUACAACAUGGUUAUAUAUUAUAGUGGAACGAAAUAUUAUAUGCAUUAAAUGUAUAAGUAAGCCCUAGCUUAGCUAAGAAAUAUAUUAAUGUAAUAAAUGGUGUCUCUGAAAGUACUGAUAUAAUGUAUGUUAAAUUUUUCUGUGACUAUUUUAUGAACCUGCCUCUAUGAUAAUGUAUUCAUGUAUGUUUAUCUAAGUGAUCAAAUAAACUAACACUUAUAAAAAU